CGUAGUUGGACAACUUUACAAAAAUAGACUUUUACAAGCAGUAAAAUACAUGACAAACAAUUUACUUUUUAAUUUGGAAAGUUCUUUAAUUAUAUUGAAUCAACUGUACUAUGGGAAAAGAAAUCUCCUGGUUGAUCAUAAUUGGGAUUUGUAUCAAGUCAUCAUGUGAGUCUCUCUUCAACACUGAAACUCCUGUUCUCAGCAACGGUACAAACUGGAUACUGGACUACACUGAUAUAGAGACCAAGUUCUCAGUGCGUUCAGUCGAGGAGCCAGAGGAGGAUCUGUGUUACCUGGUGCCAGGCGAUAAGAAUACAGUCACACGGUGUGGCUUCAACAUCAACUUACCCACGUUCGCCAUCAUACAUGGCUGGUCGGUGGCAGGUCUGUUUGCGAGCUGGAUCCACGAGCUGGUAGCGGCCCUGUUUGAGCGUGUGCCCAAUGCCAACGUUAUAGUGGUGGACUGGCUGGAUCGGGCCCAGCACCACUACCCCAACUCUGCUGCCAACACCAAGCUGGUUGGAGAGGAUGUGGCCAGGCUCAUCAACUGGCUGGAGGUGGAUCUGAAGUAUGACCUGAAGAACCUCCACCUGCUGGGCUACAGCCUGGGAGCACACGUGGCUGGCGUAGCUGGAAACCUGACCAACAACAAGGUCAACAGGAUCACUGGCAUGGAUCCGGCUGGGCCUCGCUUUGAAUACGCUGAGCACCUAAACCGCCUGUCUCCUGACGAUGCAACAUUUGUGGACGUCCUCCACACCAACACCAGGGGGUCUCCAGAUCUCAGUAUCGGUAUCCAGAGACCCGUGGGCCACGUGGACAUCUACCCCAACGGAGGAACCGAGCAGCCAGGCUGCUCCUUCCGGCACACCGUAGACAUGAUGAGAAGCUUUGGUCUUCACAACAUGGAUCAGAUCGUGAAGUGCGCCCAUGAGCGCUCUGUGCACCUGUUCAUCGACUCGCUGGUGAACAAGCAGCAGCAAAGCAUGGCCUACCGCUGCAACUCCAAAGACGCUUUCGACAGGGGCCUGUGUCUCAGUUGCCGUAAGAACCGCUGCAACAACAUGGGCUUCGGGGUCAACAAGAUACGCACCACCAGGAGCGCCAAGAUGUACCUGAAGACCGGCGCCAGUAUGCCCUUCAAAGUCUUCCACUACCAGAUGAAGUUCCAUGUCUUCAAGCAGCAGAACCUGAGUCUGAACGAGCAGCCCUUCAUAGUGUCUCUUUAUGGAACCCACGGAGAGAAGGAGGACGUCCAACUCCUUCUGUCCAACGUGACCACCAACACCACCGUGUCCUUUCUACUGACCACUGACGUAGACCUGGGAGAGCUGCUGAGAGUCACUCUGCAGUGGGACAGUGACUCCUACUUCUCUUUCUUCAACUCAAACGAGUUCAUGGUCCGCAGGAUUAGAGUCAAAACGGGAGAGACCCAGUCCAAGGUGAUUUUCAGAGCGGAAAGUGAUGGGAAGUUUGCUCACCUGGUCCAAGGAGGUGACCCUGUGACCUUCACCAAGUCUAAAGAGGAUCAGAACAGCAGGAAUCCACAGACCAGGAAAAGCAUGAGAGAAUCCACAGACCAGGAAAAGAUAUGA